AUGCCGAGCUUCGCGGAUUCGUUCUGGUCUGCCGACUAUGCGGCAGGCCUUGGGGUUUUGUUCGGAAAGCUCCAGCAGGGAGUCCUGGAGAACCGCCAGGUCCUCACCGUUGCGCGGAUGCGAGCCGAGGCCGAGGAGAUUUACGGUCAACGGUUAGCAGAGAUCGCCCCGGCCGCCGACAAAAUCACCGGCGGAUUUAGCAAAGAUGAUGGAGCCAGCGCCUACGAGGGCGUUCGAACCAACAUGGACGACGCCGGCAAGUCCCACAAGAAAAUCGCCCAGAAUAUCCGAGACCUCGUUGUCAACCCCUUCUCUCGAUGGUGCGAUGCCCACGAAGCCCGCAUCCAAGAUUCCCAGGACGAGCUGCAAGCGCGAAUCAAGGCCCACGACCGGCAGUUCGAGGCCGUCAAGAAGCUUCGGAGCAACUACCUAAACAAGUGCCGUCUUGUAGAAGAUCUCGAAGAAGAAAACAAGUUGGCCUUCCGGGACCCUGAGUCGAGUCCAAAGGCCGCCAUCCCCGAGAUCAAGGUAUCCGAGAACCAGGAGCCACCCAUCGAAGAGGCCGAUGAGGAUAUAUACGAGAUUGGCGACGAAGUCUAUGGCGCCGAACAGUUGAAGAAGAUACUCGCCCAUAUGCUCACUACCAUCAAGCUCGGGGAGACCAAGGUACCGGUGCUCGGCACAUACCAAAACACUUCCGCCGGUACCGAUAUCGUCGAAUAUCUCCAGCGACAUAUGGGCACGUCGAGCAUAAGCUACGCCGAGCGCAUCGGUCAGGACCUCGUGUCGAACGGCUUCUUGCGUCUCGUGGGCAAUGUUGGCAACACAUUCGCCAAUAGCUCGAGGAUGUUCUACCAGUGGCGCCCCAAGGCUUUCCAAAUCUCCGGCGUGCCAGAGAAGAAGCUCACGACCUCCAGGACUAUGUCCUUCCCCGUCUCCGACGGGUCCGAUUCCCCCGUGGUUGGUGCCGUGAGCGAAUACCUAUCGAACUGGAACCCCCUCAACAACCCGCAUACCAAUGAGACUCCCUCGGAAAGACUCCAGCGGGAAGCUCGGGAAGCGGACGAGAAGUACAAAGCCGGCGUCCAGAAGCUAGACGAGAUGCGUUGUGAGCUUGAGGAAGCUAUUAUACUCCAUCUCAAAUUCCUUGAGCGGUGCGAGCUGGAUAGGCUAAAGGCUAUCAAGACGGUCUUGCUGGACUUCUCCGGAACCGUUAGCAACGUCAUCCCCAGCCUCCAGUCUACCGUCGACAACAUGAUGCUGUUCCAGGAGGCUGUUCAGCCCGCGAACGAUCUUCGUUACUUGAUUGAAAACUACCGCACGGGAAGUUUCUUCCCAAAGGUCGUCGUCUACGGAAACUACUAUAACAAGGUCGACCAACAAACCUUUGGUGUUGAUCUAGAAGCUCGAGCAACCGCCGAUAAGAAGCGCGUGCCCAGCAUUGUCACCACCAUUCUUACCUACCUGGAUAACCACUAUCCCGAUCUCGAGGAUGAUGCGGCGAUGCGAGGUGUUUGGCUCGUUGAUGUGCCACUGACCCAGACCCACAAGCUCCGCGCCAGGGUUAACGACGGCAAGCCCGUCUCCCCCGAAGCCUUUGCUGAUUUUGACGUCCCGACUGUUGCUAGCCUGUUGAAGCUUUAUCUACUCGAGCUGCCUGAUUCUUUAAUCUCAUCUCACGUUUAUGAAAUUGUCCGGACCAUCUACUCAAACACCUCACCCGACACCGCAGACGCCGCUCGCGUUGCAGUGUUACAGCAGACCCUCUCGCAGCUGCGCCUUUCUAACAUUGCUACACUCGAUGCUUGCAUGAACCACUUUACACGCCUCAUCGACCUCACAUCCGCCGAUGAAGCCUACAUCUCCGCCCUCGCUGCCAACAUUGCGCCAUGUAUUCUCCGGCCCAAGACCGAGACCUCGCUCACCAUGGAGGAGAAGCACGCCUACCGCCUCAUCCGAGACCUCUUCGCUCACAAGGACGCCAUCUUCAACGAGCUCAAGCGCAUGUCCACUCCCGGCUACUCUGGUUCUCUCGGUCGAUCAGCGCCGAGACCGAGAGCUAUCAGCACCGAUGAAAGCAACCGGAAAGCCAACAUGGAAGAGCGCAAUCGACUCCUCCUAGAGAAGGCAGGCGCCGCCCCCGGAUCCAGUCGCAGCCGCGCCACUAGUCCCGCGCCGGGCCCUCGCGGUCACAGACGUGAUCGCUCCACCGGCGGUCCCGAGACCCGAUUCCCCAUCGCCAGCCCCACGGUUCCGAAUGAGCGCCACCGCUCCAGCCUGGGAAGCGGCGUGGGCGGCUUUAAGAGGCAGUCUCUCGAGGUGCCCGGAUCCGAGUCUACGGGUUCUCCGGUCGAGGCGGCAGCUGCCGCUAACGGUAGCGAGAGCAUAAGCUACGCCUCAAGGUCCGACGCUGCCCUUUCGGAGUCUCCUAUCGAGAAGAGGAAUAGCUUAUCACGCAGCGGAGCGCGCUUCUCGACCGGAAGGAGGAUCCCGGUUGCGCUGCCCGAGUCGCCUAGGCAGCGCUCCGAGACUCUUACGCAUAGGGCUGUGACGUUGGAAGAUAAGCCUAUGGUCGAUUAA